GUGCGCCGAGGUGGGGCAGCGCGGAGAGCUCGGGUUUUUCCGGCGUGGCUCGGCAGUGAACCGUUGUGGAUGUGGGAAUGCGGUUGCCGGAGGCAGCGGGCAUUGCUGGACACUCGGCGGAGGUGUGCGUACAGAAACAGGAGCCCUCAGCGGUUGAUGGUUGUCCAAGUUAACGGGUUUUGGGGUAUGUGUGUGGCCGCCCCGGACGGUUGGGUGUUGCUCGCCAGUGUUCCCCCCCUGUUUUUGCCGGGGAUCUUAAGGGAGACGGAAUGAGAGAGGAGCCACGAAGGAUUCCCCAGCACUAUGGAGCCACGCAUUGCAGGCAGCUGUGCAAGGUGACAGGGAAAGGAAUAGCAUCUGACCCUCAACUGUAAACCUUUACCUGGUGCUGCUGACCAUCGCAGUGACAAUACGUAACAGUAUCAAGAUCUACAAAUGUUCCACAAUUGUGGAGUUUGUGAAGCCAACAGCAGCAUCAUGUUCUACGGUUCUUCUUCUGGGGCUAGUAUGUCCCUACCAUCCAAGAGCCGCCUGAAACGCCAGAGCAGGACCUUCACACAGGUCCUGUACCGUACUCUGAGUUACAGAGACCGUGUCCCAGUAGAAACUGGGACAAACACUCGUGUGGACCGGCGCUCGAUGACUGAACCCCCAGAGCGACCGGCAGACGACCCUGCUGAACUCUCCACGCAGAGCUCAGCCCCUGGGGUGCUAAAGAUUUUUGGAGAUGAAAUUUGUGCCGGUGCCAACUACAAGAGUGUCCUGGCCACGCCGCGCUCCAGUGCGCAGGAGCUGGUGAAAGAGGCACUUGAGCGUUACUCUCUCAACAAGAACGCUGCCCACUCUUACGUCCUGUGCGACGUGAUCGGGCGUUUGGAGGGGGGAGGCGGGAUAGGAGGAGGGGGUUGGCGAACUGAAUGCUUGCGUGCAAUGGGGGACAAUGAAAAGCCACUGUUGCUCCAAGAGCUUUGGAAACCCAGAGAAGGACACGCUCGCAGAUUUGAGUUGCGGAGGAGAGCAGAGGUGGAGGAAUUCAACGCCAAGGAGAAGGACACCAUCACUGCUGGGCCCAAAACCUCCCAAUUCCUGGCGGCUCUAAUGGGUCGGUCUGGGCUGGGCAAACACAGGAGCUCCCCCCUGCGGUUUGGUCGAGCGGUACAGUCCAGCUCUAAAGAUAUUAAUGCUCAGGCUCGUAAGCUCCAGAGGAACAGGGCGAAAGGGACGCUGACCCUGCCCCGAACUAGCAACUCAUCUUUCUGUCGCAGCCUCAGCGAGACCAGCCUCAACCAGCUGGGUGUCGGAGAUGAACCCAAGCGUUAUUACUCCACCCUGCCGGGGCCCUUAAGGGGUCGAGAACGUGAAGCGGCUUCCAACAGCCGGAGGAAAGAGGAGGGGAGUCAGGGAGGAGGAGGGGUGAGGCACUCGCUUUACCAGUCCCCACACCUUCUGCUGCUCCAGGGAUACAAUCAACAGGACUGUUUGGUGUACCUGCUGAACCGAGAACAGCACACAGUUGGUCAGGAGACUCCAUCAGCUCGCCCCAACAUCUGCCUCUUCUCUCCUGACAUCCUGCCCCUCCACUGCCGCCUGCGCCGAGUCCCUGCACCACGUCGGAAUGCCAACAGCAACAACAAGGGAGAGGAGCUGGGGGAGAGCCAGCGGUCCUGUGUUGCAGUUGAGCCGGUGCUCCACGCCACAGUUCUGGUGAACUUUUCCCGCUGCGAGCGCUCCACCACGCUGCGACACGGUGACCUCCUCUCCUUCGGAGCGCAUUACAUCUUCCUGUACAAGGACCCCACAGGCGCUAAGCCUUUGCCUGCUCAGACCUUGGCCCGCCUUCGCUCCCUGGGGCAGCUUUACGAUGCGGGGGUGGAGGAGGGAGAGGGCAGUGCUCAGACUUGUAAGAUGUGUGGUUCUGUACUGAAGGACAGAGGAGCGGUGUCAAGUGUUCCUGCAGUUCGACGCAGCUUCAAACCUCACCUGGUAAAACCUCGCAGCGGGGGGCCGGCAACGGGAGGGCCCCUUAGUUUUUCAGGAGGAGGAAGAGGAGGAGGAGGAGGUGGAGGAGGAGGAGUUCAGAAAAGAAGGCUACAGUUGGACUUUGACCAAGCUCACGAAGACCAGCUGUUGAACAGGAUUGUGUCUCUCAUAGAACCUGGAGGAGAUGACCAUAAACUGACACCUGCCUACCUGCUGUGUCUGUGCAUACAACACUCUGCCUCGACCUUUCCACCUGGGAGUUUUGGAAAGCUACUGCUCAAGAUAGUCCGGCGAAUUCAGACCAUUGCAUGGGAGAGGACAAAGGAGCUGGCUCAGAAGCAAGCUCAGCACCUUCAUUCUUUGUGGGCUCUUUAUGUAGUGUUACCAGGUUUGUUGGACUGUAAUCCAUUCCCAGUCGACAGCUCUGAGCCCUGCUGGAAAGGAGGUGUAGGGUUUCCUGAACCUGUGCGCAGGGUCCUGCAGGUGUUUCAAAAUGGCCAGGAACUUUUGCAGGGCUUCCAGGUUCACCUGGAGAUUCAGGCUCAGAUGUUCGCUUACCUCUUCUUCUUCUCCAACGUGUCGCUAUUUAACCAGCUAAUGGACAAAGGUAGGGCUAAAAGCAUGCACACUCACACUCCAUUAGACCUCCCUCAGGAUUUGUACAUUUGUGUGUGUGUGUGUGUGUGUGUGUGUGUGUGUGUGUGUGUGUGUGUUUGUGUCCUUGUCAGCAUUUUGACAGAGACUAACACAUAUUUGUCCUCAAUGCCCUUCUCCUAUCUGCAUUCUGUUACUCCCCCCUUCUCCUCCUCCUCUUCCUUGCCAACCUUCCUUCCAUCUGGCCAUCCGGGGCUGAGACAAAGAAGAGUAGAGGUGGGAUUGGAUGGAGGAGAGAAAGAGGGGAGAGAGAAUGGAGGGGAGGUCGAAAAGUUGAGUUGGCGAGCUUUGUCCAGUGAACACCCGGCUCUGAAACCUGUCCAGCUGCACAGGAUUCUCACCCAGUACCAGCUCACUGGAGAGAUAGGCCCCGUCCCAACAUGGCAACCCAGCAGCGAGGAUGAGGCGUAUAUAUACAGAACAGUGGACCUCUUGGAGAGCUUUGAGAACCACCCUCCCAUAGUGCUGCCCAGCUCCGGCUUCAGAGUGGACCUAGACAGCGAGUGUGUGGAAGACAGCGUCUACAGACAGCUGCUCUACAUCCGCCACUACCUGUGGGGGCUACGCACCAAGACGCAAACACACACCAACACUCCCAGUGUGCAAACGCACUCCAACGGAACCAACACAGCUGACUGGCCCGAUGUUCAGAGGGAGCUGUUGGCCCACAACAGUCCUCGGUCUGGGGGUCCUGGGGAUGAGGUGGCGGCUGAGACGGGAGAGGAGAGACGACGGGACAGACCCCCAGGCCAAUCACACACACACAGCCUCAGAAGGAACGGCACCAUCCACCACGCUCGGGCAGCAAAUCCAGACCCUUCCUGCCUGUUGACACCUCCCAACACCCCGCUCUACCCGGAUGGAGGAGACGGAGGAGGCGGAGGAGGAGGCGGAGGAGGAGGAGGAGGAGGAGGAGGAGGAGGAGGAGGAGGAGGAGGGCAUGCUAUAGGUCCCAACACCCAGACUAACGGCUGCACCAGCAGAACUGUGGCAGAGUGUAAGACCAAUGGACUCAUCACCAACGGACUGGAGGGGUGUAUUAGUGGGUGUGAGUUUCCUUUCCCUGUAUCCUCCCUUGGCGCCCCUCCCCUUCCUGAUGACUUGUGUGUGGUGUUUGUAGUGGAACUGGACAAGGGACCCUACGGACUGGGCAUGGGACUCAUAGACGGCCUGCACACGCCUCUCAACGCUCCAGGCAUCUACAUCCGGACUCUGAUCCCUGACGGACCCGCUGCCUCAGACGGCAGACUGAGAAUCGGAGAUCGCAUCCUGGCUGUGAACGGGACCAGUCUGAUAGGAGCAGACUACCAAAGCGCGGUAGAUCUGAUUCGUCUGGGAGGAGGUCGCCUACGUUUCCUGGUGGCCAAGUCCGACCCCGAUGUCUCCGAGAAGAUCAGUGCCUCCUCCUGCUGACCACCUCUGAGCAACACAUUAUACAGGACUGGAGUGUUAGGACAGCAAGACAACAAGAGAUACAGAUAGUGUGCACUGCCGAACGGCAUAAACACAAACACACACCCGUGCGUACAUACGUGGCAUGAAAUAUGAAUGUGAAACCUAGCAACAGCACAAAGCCAGGCAAUCAAAGUGGAGAUAACGCUCCACAACUCCACCCUAUAGCUGCCAGACCUGCUUCCCCUGCGCUGACUCCUACUGGGUUUUUGUAACAGACAGAAUCCGUAACCCACCGUAACCCACCUGUGCGACAUCACAGGAAUAUGCUGCGAGGAAAAUUUGCCUAAUUAAUCAGCGUCUGAGGCGGGCGAGGUCUAACCAGCCCCUAUGCAGUGUGAUGUUGUUUGAAGCACAGUAGAUUUUAUGGUUUUAAUUUCUCUUCAGUCAGCGCUCCGAGCAUGUGCCCACAUUAGCCUUUUUUCACCAGUAUUUUAGAAUCAUUUGUAUUAGUAAUUCAGACAUUAAGUAGCAUGGUAAAAUAGCUCCCCAGCUCUCAGACAAAGGAACUCAAACUGAAAAUGUACUUUAAGAUUCUAAAAGCAUUUGCAGACAAACACGACGACAGCCUCAGUAAACAGCAGAUGUUUUACACAGUGAUUUUAGAGUGAAAUGUUUUAUAAUCCUGUUUGUUAGAAACUCCCAAAGCACUAUCACGGUCUGCUCAACAGACUAAACGAUUGUGUAUUAAUGUUGACUUUUGUACUGGAGAGUGGGUGGAAGAGGAGGCAAACUCAAGACAUACAGCCCAACUCCCCCAUUUCACAUUUAACUCACCACUGGACUCUAUACCUCCACUGGAAAACAGAUGAGCUAUUGAGGCUCCGCAUGCACAGGGCGUGUGCAGCUGUUGUGGGACAUUGUUUAUUAAUUACUGGAUCAUCAAGACCACAUGCUUCAGUCCAGAGUGUCUGAUGCACAAUCCUGUUGUGUUAUAAUCAGACUUUUGUUGUGAAUAUAUGCUUAUAUGUAUCUGGGGUUGUAAAUAGUUGUUUGUAAAUAUUUAACACUUGGUCUUAUAUUGUUUGGACAUUUAAAGGAGAAACUGCAUUUGGGCAAUACUUUUUUUCUGAAAUAUAUUCAUCAAUAAACACUACAAUCUACUGAUGGGAAAAUAGAAACAAUAUUUUCAGGAAUACAACUUAUGCACUGCAGAAUUGCUCACAGUUAGCUGCACUUUUGCUUCAACAAUAACUGCACCCAAAUUAUAGAAAAUGUGGUACAGUGGUACCUAGCUUUAUUUUGUUUUCUUUUUCUACAUUUUGAGACACUUGUAUCUGAGAUGUUUGCCUCCAAUUCCUCCUGGUUGUUCACAACAUUGUCAAAUUACAUUUAAAACAUUCAACAGCAGCUAUUGAGACAUGGCGUCCCACUUGAUACUGACCUCACUAUGGACUAUUUCAUUGAUAUAAAGUAGUCCCUACAAAAACUGUUCACUGUGAGAUCAGUGGAUUAUGCAGAGUAACUGCGACCUUUUUCUGGAAGAAGUUGCUUUUUUUUUUUUUUAAAGCAACUUCUAUGAGCACAAACAUAGACCUCCAUUUGGGGUGAAGGCAAAAUCUCAGGUAUAUAAUCUAGGCAAGCAAAACCAAAACUAUCAGCAAGGUUAGAUACCAGACAGAUCAUGUUUGCAUGUAAUUUGGCUGUACUGACCCCUUAAAACGAAGUCCAGCUAGAACAAUAACAGGUCACCUUUUAAAAUGUCUUUAAUGCAAAGCAUAGGUCACCACAGAAAAAAGGCAUGCUUAGUCAGUUCUAUGCUGCCUGGCCUUCUGUUCUGACCUCAGAAAUUAAUCCAGGGGAGCUUCAAUGGGCUUAUGAUUUACACAAUGGUUAAAGUUUUAGUCUGAACGUUGUUUCUUUUUUCCAUCAACUUUGUUAUACUCUCCAUUUUUGAUUCUGUUCAUUUCUUUGCAGUACAUUUUAUUUUUGUGGGUCUUAAGGUUUGUACUACAUUGAUCUCAUGCAUGUCUAUUCUUCUCUGUUAAUUAUUUAUACGGUUUAAAAAAUGACAAUACUUAAUAAAGAUAGUUGGAUACUUGCAUUUUUCUGCUUGGAAACCCAAUGUUACCAAAUGUAACAAGUGUGACAGAGACCCAAACAUGGCUGACACCUGGUCACAGAGAAGACAAUGUAAUAUUUAAGUCAAUGAGGAAUUUUAAUUUGUGCUACACAUUUUAACAAAUCACAAAAACAGGAACAUUUAAAAAUACAUAUACUUCUCUAUUUCCAGAAUGUUUACGUAUUGAUGACAGCUGUUUUUACAUCGAGCAAAAUAUUUUUCCAAAAGUCAGAAAAAAAUACCUUCUAUAUAGCUUUGUCAUUUAGCAGAAAGAGCAGCAUACAAUCAUUACGCAUCUUUUUUUGUUUUUCUAAUGUGCAACAACAAUCACUGAAAUCUUGCGCAAAUGUGCCUGUUUGCCAGCUAAAAAUGAGGCCUGUGUAAGGACAUUCGGAAAAGCUAAAGGCGGAGUGAGAAAGAGAUUAGAGAGGGGGGGGGAAGUGCUGAAGAAUAUCUAAUUAAGGCAGUGUCUGUGACAGGAAUUGCCAACAGCUUGAUGCCUCUGUAGAGACUGCAGAGAUAGAAACUGCUCACUGAGGAGAGGGAGAGAGGUAGAUGGGGGAAAUUGAAAGCGUAGGGAGUCAAGAGUAUACAAUUUGUCAGAAGUACCAUACAGAAAGAAAGGAAAACAAGACGAGAGCAGUUGAAAUGUGUGGUCAUGUGUUGGUCCCGCCCUUCCCCUGAUAAAGUUGAUACAAGUCUACUGAUGCAACAUAACUGUCACCAUUGUAGUGUUGCUGAUCAUGUACUGUUAAAGAAGCUGCUGUGUUAACAACAAUCUAAAAAGGUAAAGCUGUGUAAAAGGUUAAAAUAAAAUGACAACAAAAGGAAGAAAUAUUUAAGGCUUUAAGGAUUAUUACAAUAAUGCUUUUAUGUGCUAAGACAAACAAAACUGUAUGCACAGGCAGUUCCAUUUCUCAUUUUACCACUACUGAAAUAAGGGUGAAAAAAAUAAAACAAUCAGUUUGUCUACAUUAGGUUAGCUCCACUUCAAUCAACCUCAAAUAGUUGCCUCUUUUUUUGCCCUUCUCUGCUCUCCA